CGUGACCAGGAAACGGCGGAAGAAGAAGCUGCAUCGACUGAGAAGGACCAAUCAUCUUCCAGGAUGCAGAGCACCACCAACUACCUGUGGCUGAUCUCAGACCUGCUGGGUCAGGGAGCCACGGCUAACGUGUACCGGGGACGACACAAGAAAACGGGAGACCUGUACGCCGUGAAGGUUUUCAACAACCUGAGUUUCCUGCGGCCGCUGGACGUCCAGAUGAGAGAGUUCGAGGUUCUGAAGAAACUCAACCACAAGAACAUCGUCAAGCUGUUCGCCGUGGAGGAGGAGUCCAACACCCGUCACAAGGUCCUGGUGAUGGAGUACUGUCCCUGCGGGAGUCUCUACACCGUCCUGGAGGAACCGUCCAACGCCUACGGACUCCCGGAGGACGAGUUCCUCAUCGUCCUGCACGACGUCGUUGCCGGCAUGAACCACCUGCGUGAGUACGGCAUCGUCCACCGGGACAUCAAACCCGGGAACAUCAUGCGAGUGAUCGGGGAGGACGGACGCUCCGUCUACAAACUCACCGACUUCGGAGCCGCCAGAGAACUGGAGGACGACGAGCAGUUCGUGUCCCUGUACGGGACGGAGGAGUACCUGCACCCGGACAUGUACGAGCGGGCCGUCCUCAGGAAGGACCACCAGAAGAAGUACGGGGCCACCGUGGACCUGUGGAGCAUCGGCGUCACCUUCUUCCACGCCGCCACCGGCAGCCUGCCCUUCCGGCCCUUCGAGGGCCCGCGCCGCAACAAGGAGGUCAUGUACCGGAUCAUCACGGAGAAACCGUCCGGGACGAUCUCCGGUCACCAGAAAUGUGAGAACGGGAAGAUCGAGUGGAGCACCGAGAUGCCGGUGUCCUGCAGCCUGUCCAAGGGUCUCCAGAGCCUGCUGACCCCGGUCCUGGCCAACAUCCUGGAGGCCGACCAGGAGAAGUGCUGGGGUUUCGACCAGUUCUUCGCCGAGACCAACGACAUCCUGCACCGCGUGGUGGUUUACGUGUUCAGCCUGCAGCAGGCCACGCUGCACCACGUCUACAUCCACGAGUACAACACGGCCGCCCUGUUCCAGGAGCUGCUCUCCCGCCGCAGCAGCAUCCCGCUCCACCACCAGGAGCUGCUGUACGAGGGCCGGCGGCUGGUCCUGGAACCGAACCGGCAGGCUAAGACCUUCCCCAAGACCUGCAGGGACAACCCGGUCAUGCUGGUCAGCCGCGAGGCCGUGGCCACCGUGGGACUCAUCUUCGAGGACCCUAGCCCCCCGAAGGUGCAGCCGCGCUACGACCUGGACCUGGACGCUAGCUACGCUAAGACCUUUGCAGGUGACGUGGGCCACCUGUGGAAAACCUCGGAGUCCCUGCUCGUCUACCAGGAACUGGUUCGUAAAGGAGUCCGAGGCAUGAUCGAGCUGAUGAGGGAGGAUUACAGCGAGAUCCUGCACAAGAAGUCGGAGGUUUUCCAUCUCUGCAGCUUCUGCACGCAGAUGUUAGAGAAGAGCGAGCAGCUGUUGGAGGUUCUGAUGCAGACCAGCAUGUUGUCCUCCGAGUACGACGAGAUCUCCGACAUGCACAAGAAGGUUCUCCGAAUCUCCUCGUCCCUGGACCCCCUGGAACGGACGAUGCAGGACAUCAAGAGCAAGUUCCUGCUGGGGGGUCCACUGGGGGACGGCUGGACCCAGCAGGUGGGGACGCACCCCGAGGACAGGAAUGUGGAGAAGAUCAAGGUCCUGCUGGACGCCAUCACCGCCAUCUACCACCAGUUCAAGAAGGACAAGGCCGAGAGACGUCUUCCGUACAACGAGGAGCAGAUCCACAAGUUUGACAAGCAGAAGCUGGUCCUGCACGCCAGCAAGGCCCGGUCUCUGUUCACCGAGGAAUGUGCCAUGAAGUACCGGCUGUUCAUCUCCAAGAGCGAGGAGUGGAUGAGGAAGGUGCACCACGUGAGGAAGCAGCUGCUGGGUUUGUCCGGUCAGCUGAUCAGCGUCCAGAAGGAGGUGACGCUGCUGGUGGAGAGAAACAUCAAGCUCCAGGACCAGCUCCCCCAGAAGGUUCUUCCUCUCGUCUCCAGUGGGAUGAAACCUCCGGCUUAUCUGAGCCAGACCACGCUGGUGGAGAUGACUCUGGGGAUGAAGAAGCUGAAGGAGGAGAUGGAGGGAGUGGUGAAGGAGCUGGCGGAGAACAACCACUUCCUGGAGAGGUUUGGGACUCUGACGCUGGACGGAGGCCUGAGAGGAUGAAGCCCCGCCCCUUUCCAAAGCCCCGCCCCUCAAGCACCGCCCCAGACUCUAGCCCCGCCCCUAAAGCCCAUCCCUAUAUUCAAGCCACGCCCCUUUCUCAAGCCACGCCCCUUUAAGCCCCAGACGUACUCUAGCCCCACCCCCAUAUUCAAGCCCCGCCCCUUUCGCAAGCCCCGCCCACUUAUGUAUAUAAACCUGUAAAUAAACGCCGCCGACGUUUUCAUGGGAACGGUUGACCUCGGACUCUCGGGACCUGCAGAACCGGGACCUGCAGAACCGGGACCUGCAGAACCGGGACCAGGACCUGGACCUGGACCUGGACCUGCAGAACCUGGACCUGCAGAACCGGGACCUGGACCUGGAUGGGGGUUUAAAUGCUAUAAAACGACUCUGAGCUCUUAAAUGUACAUAAAAGCAUUAAUUUCACUAUAAAGUGAAACUUGUGGAUCCUUUUUAUUUUGUUAAAGUCUGAAUGUGAAAAACUAUUAAAGUAACACGUUGAUCCAG